AGCCAAACUAUCCUUGCGACUAUGAAGUAUCAAUCUGUGAUCCAAGAUGGCGGCCCACUUUAGUGGCGCUCUGCAGCUCACAAAUCUUGACGACUUCAUAACUCCUUCGCAGGAAUGUAUUAAACCAGUCAAGAUUGAAAAGAAGCCUGGGGCAAAGGGGCUGGCCAAAAUAAAGAUUGAAAGUGAUGGGAGCUAUGUGCAACUUUCUGAGGACGGAGGGAAGUCCAAGUUACAGAAAGCAGAGAUAACACUCAACGACUGCUUGGCGUGCAGCGGCUGUAUAACCACAGCGGAGAGUGUUCUUAUUACCCAGCAGAGCCAAGAUGAACUGUUCAAGAUCCUUGACAGCAACAGAAAGCUAGUAAAGGAAGGAAAAGGGGAUGUGCAAAAGCUGGUUGUGAUAUCCAUUUCGCCACAGUCGAGAGCUUCUAUUGCUGCUAAAUUCAACCUCACAAUAAAUGACGCUGCUAAGAAACUAUCCGCCUUCUUUAAACAACUGGGUGUCCAUUAUGUGUUUGAUACAACAUUUGCUAGGGACUUUAGCCUUGCUGAGAGCCAAAGAGAGUUUGUGAGGAGAUUCAGAGCAUAUCAGCAAGGAGAUGAAGGCUGUACACCAAUGCUGGCCUCCGCCUGCCCCGGUUGGGUGUGCUAUGCCGAGAAGACUCAUGGGGAUUACAUUUUACCUUACAUCAGCUCAACUAAAUCACCCCAGCAGAUCAUGGGAUCAUUAGUAAAAGAUCACUUAGCAUCGGUUGUCGGCAAAAGUCCAGAUUCUGUGUAUCACGUGUGCGUCAUGCCGUGCUUUGACAAGAAACUGGAGGCGUCACGUGAUGACUUCUACAAUGACAUGUACAGCACACGUGACGUGGAUUGUGUCAUAUCUACAGUGGAAGUAGAAACAAUGAUACAGGAUCACUGCCCAGACUUCAACUCUAUCGACCCAGUAGAGCUCGACAAGUUAUACUGCAGUAGCGAUAGUGGUGAUUUUUUUGGGCAUUCAGGGGGUGGCUCGGGUGGAUUUCUGGAACACAUAUUUAAAUACGCAUCCAGAGAAUUAUUUGACGAAAAAGUCGAUGUUUUGACCUACAAGACGUUGAGGAACAAGGACUUUAGGGAAGUCACGCUACAGGUUGAUGGUAAGGAUGUGCUCAAGUUUGCAGCUGCCUACGGAUUCAGGAACAUACAGAACUUGGUGCAGAAGCUCAAACGUGGCAAGAGUCCGUAUCAUUUCGUUGAAGUUAUGGCCUGCCCUUCAGGUUGUGUCAACGGUGGCGCGCAGAUUCGUCCCGGGGAGGGUGAGUCGGCCAAAGACCUCGUCCAAAGAGUGGAAGAUCUCUACAACUCUAUCAAGAGCCGUAGACCGGAGGAUAACCCAGCCGUGGAAACCCUUUACAGGGAGUGGCUCGGAGGCGCUGACAGCGAUAAGGCAAGAAAGAUGUUACAUACGCAGUACCACGCAGUUGAGAAAUUGAAUACGGCGUUGACGAUCAAAUGGUAGGAACCAGAUUGGUGAAGUACCGCAACCACUAGGAACGGCCCAUAUAAAACACGACAAGUUUCUUGAAUUGGUCAAAAAGGUCGAAACAAAGUACCUAGCGGACGAUUACCUAACGUGUAACUCACAAGCUUCUCAAGCGAUGGUGACUAAUUAUACGCCAUAACGAUUAUCACAUGAAUUGCACGCGUGCUGCUCGUGGGAAACACGUGUGACAGGACGAGGACUGGGGAUGAGUAUUAUAAAGAUACUUCCCUAGAAAACGCUUGACGGCUCAUGUCAAGGCUUCUAUUGACUAUAAUACUAUUGUGCAUAAGUGGCGCGGUCUCUAUUCACUACAGUUUACAGGUCGUUAUUGGGAGCCUUUAAACGCACCCUCUCCCACCCAAAUUCAUCCCAAAUUGCCUCCUGUCUGAUGUAAUAGAUCACCUGAAUAAGGCAUGGUCAGCAAGCUAAUUGAUGUGAACCUGAAUUACAUGAUUUGGGAGAGCAAAUGUUGAGAUUGAAAAUAAUUGAAAAUUGACCUGACAAUA